ACCAGACCGGACCGUUCUGCUCCGGGUAGAACCCGAACCGGACCAUGGGGACUCAGGGACCGGGACGGAAGCGGAUCCCGAACCUGGAGAAGCUGACGGCGGAGGACGAUGCCCUGAACAGCAUAGCGAGAGAGGCAGAGGCUCGUCUGGCAGCGAAGCGAGCGGCGAGAGCCGAAGCACGAGAGAUCAGGAUGAAAGAACUGGAACGACAACAGAAGGAGCUCUACCACAGCCAUAAGAAGUAUUAUGGUCUGGAUAAUAAGUGGGGCCACAUUGAACAGUGGAUGGAGGACAGUGAGCGCUACUCUCGUCUAUCUCGGAGACAUGCAUCGGUCUCAGAUGAUGAGGAGAAGUUGUCCGUUGGCAGCAGAGGAAGUCUGAGGCCGUCGGACUACAGCGGGGUUCUAGGUUCCGGUUCUAGAACCUCCUCCAGGGCCAGUUCUGCUCGAGCCAGUCCCGUGGUGGAGGAGCGACCGGAGCGAGACUUCAUCGACAAAGGUUCUCGGACGGCGUCGACUCUCUCUGCAGCCACGCUGGCGUCUCUGGGCGGAGCUUCCUCUCGCAGGGGAAGCUGUGACACGUCGUUCUCCGUGGAAACGGAGGCGUCAAUCAGAGACAUGAAGGACUCUCUGGCGGAGCUGGAGGAGCGGUACCGCCGUGCGAUGGUGUCCAACGCUCAACUUCAUAACGACAAGUCGACUCUGAUGUACCAGGUGGAGACGCUGAAGGAGGAGCUGAGCGACCUGGAGGAGCUGCUGUGGGAGGAGCGACGCACCUGCGAUGAAAGGUCAAAGGACCUGGAGCGUCAGCGGCAGAACAACAGCGUCCUGCAGUUCCAGCUGGGCGGAGCCACGGAAACGCUGCGACGGACGGAGGAGCUGCUGACGGAUCUUUCUCAGCUUCGUCUUCAGUCUUCUUCGUUUUCUCAGCAGAUUUCUGAUCUUCAGGAAACUCUGGAGUGGAAACACAACAGAAUUCUGGCACUGGAGCGUCAGAGGGAAAUCUCCGACAUCGUCGAGAUCGAACGUGACCGUCUACGAGGUGAAGUCGUCCAACUGCGAAGUUUACUGAAGGAACAUGGAGUCGUCGUCUCAGAUGACGUUACGACCAAUGGGGAAACGGAACAGAACGAUGCAGAGGAUGAUGUCAGCGCACAGUCUGCAUCCCGAUUGGCUGAGGAGGCGUCACAUGGUGGCAGACAGAGCAUGAUGGGAAAAGUCAGAGAUCAGGAUGUUCUUCAGACGGACGCAGAACGCCAAAACCCCACAGGAAGUUGUCCACAAAACUGGACGUCCUCCUCCAGUCAGAGGUUCCGGAACGAAGAAAAAAAUGCAGAAAUAUUUUCCGUCCAACCACCUCCAACAUCGAGGAACGACGAAAGUCCAACCGAUACCUCUCCCUCACAAAGUCUUAAACCAGAUCUAAAGGAAGACCGGUUCAGAGUCGGUUCUGUAUCUGAAUGUCUGCUCGUAAGCGACCGAACUGAAGACGGGGCCUCUGGGCAUGGUUACUGUGACGACCGUUCACCGCCCGUCCUCGUCAGGACAUUCACGGACCGGAUCCUUUUGGAAGAGCUGCUCAGACGGUUUCGACAACACCAGAAUUUCGCGGAGGAGUUCUCCGAAAGGUUCCCAGAAAUGUCGGAAUGUCUUCACCGGUGGGUUUCGGGUUUAGAGGAACCACGGGGAGAACAUUUGAAGCGGUCUGUUGAAGGUGGACGGCCACCGCAGACCCUGGACCGUUCGGAACGUCCCACUCCCGGUGUCUCCAUGGAGUCGACAAACGAAGGACGUAAAGACAUUUUGGCACAGAACAACCAAGAACGUCCCAAAGAUCCCACCGAAAAACUCACGAUGACGAGGACAGGUUCUGAUGUGCGACGGAGUGCAGAGACGGAACACGUAGAAGACUUUGUCCUGGUGGAUUUCUACUGCACGGAACGGGUCCAAACCAGGUUCAGGGACCCCAGAGGAAAGACCACCACGGCCCGACACCGGGAAGAUGCCGACCAGAGACGGAGUCCACCAGGGAACCCAAAGGCAUCGACCGACUCUCAAAGUUCAAAGGUCAGAAGAGGUGGGAUGAAGGUGACGGCUGUUCCUGAUUGGUCCAGUGAAGGCGGAACCGCUGAGGAGUGGACGGGACUGAGCGGUUUGACGGACAGCUGUGAAGAGGCCGACGAAGAAGCAGUGACGCCGCAGGAUCGACCGUCGACCGAAAAAGUCUUUCAGAGAACACGAGAGAAACCCAGAGGAAACUGUAGGAUCUGCUAGGUGUUCCACAGACCGGGGGGGGUUCUACCAUGUGAGAGCAGUGACCCCCAGGAGAACUUCGGCUGAAGAAACUGUUUGAAGAAAGACAAAGUUUACAGGACCAGGUGAGACUGUUAAAGACUCAACUGGACGGCAGACAGAGCAGGGGGGCCGCCGUGGUCCAGGAUCCAGAGGGG